ACACAGAAAGAUCACCAAGUAUUAAAGGAAAAAAACAAAUGAAUGAUACAUAUAUUUCUGAAGAGACUAUUGCUUCUGUUAGGGAAUUUUCAAAUCAGACAUUACAAGUGGACAAUCAUGAGCAAGUCGCGGCUGAAUCCUUCGAGACAACUACUGUAAUGCAUCAGAUUUAA